AAUGUGUAACAUGGCCGUCAGGAGAGAGCGCAGUACACAGGUUUGGGGACACAUCUGCGGCUUGAGUUCAGCUGUGAGACGGACGGAUGAUACCGUUGAUGCAUGAUGUAACUGCCCUGUUCUACUAGUGCUAUCGGUCCAUGAGGAUAAUUCUGGCUGAUCAGACUGAUAUAUAAUAUUGGAAGCAGAACUGUUUCUCCUCUCACACUGGCAGUACUGUUAGGAUUAGUGCUUAGGCCCCGGAGGACGUGUUUACCUGGGGCGGGACGAGACUCCGCCCUGACGACCGGCGUCGUGUCUCCUCGCAGAGCAUGGUGAGAGCGCACGCAUCACCAUGGAGCUGCACAAUAAGAUGCAGGAGGAAGGAGCGACUCCAUUGGGUCUGACCACAGCCCAGGCUUUAGGAACACUCCGGGAUCAGCUCUACAGCCUGGUGGAGCAGCAUCAGAAGCUCAGUCAGCGUAGAUCCAACAUCAAGGAGCUGUGGGCGAAGAGUUUCCUCCACCAUAAUGACCGUCACUCCUGCUUCCAUUGGCCUGGGGCUGCUUUCACUUUACUCGUGGUGUUGGGUUUGCUGUGUUGCUAUGGCAAGCAGCCAAAGGGCAGUGAAGGCAUAGAACUGGUGAAUGCAGGAGCGCUGUUUCUCCUGCUGCUGCUCAACCUCUUCCUCAUAGGACGUCAGCAGAGACUGAAGAAGAGCGAGAUGUUGCGGCGACUGCAGUCCAUCAUAAUCGAUCUGAACAAUCACUUGGAAGGGAUCGGAGGACAGCCUGUCGGAUGGGCCGCUUCCCGAUACCCUGACUUAUACACGCCCUGUUCGUCGUCCUGGUCCUUGCACUGGACAUACCGUGACGAGCAGUUGGUCAACCUUCCCGUCAGUCUGUUGGUGGAAGGAGAUGUGAUCGCUCUCAGGCCAGGCCAGGAAGCGUUCGUCUCUCUCCGAGGCAUCAAGGAUGACGAGCACAUUGUGCUGGAGCCUGGAGAUCUGUUUCCUCCGUUCUCUCCUCCUCCAUCGCCUCAAGGGAAUAACAGAAAGGGACCGCACAGCCCUCAACAUCACCGUCUCUUCAGGGUGGUGCGCACACCCAUUCUUGAUAAUAUCAGGAACAGUCUCGAUCUCGCGCUCUCUCGACCAGUCACGGCUCUUGAUAACGAACGCUUCACCGUCCAGUCCCUUAUAGCAAAGUUCGCCUGUCCGGCUGUGCUGGUGGCCUUUUUUACUGUGAAUACAAUUCGCUAUUUUUGUGGCACUCCCGGUCUAACGCCAGGGCAAUUUAACUUCUUUCAGCUGCAGAUGAUGGGAGUGCUGCCUAUUCUACCUCUGCUGUUUCCUGUCAUGUGGGUCCUGGUCAUAGCCUACGGAGAGGCGCGAGUAUUAGCCGAAUUUAGCCGCAGCUCUCCGACAGGCCUGCUGGCUAAAUUCUCUGAGGACACUCUAAGCAGCUACACGGAAGUGGUGUCCUCCCAGGAGAUGCUGCGGUGCGUGUGGAGACACUUCGUCGGUGUUCUGAAAGGCGAGUCUCAGGCGCUGUGUUAUACCUCAAGCCUGCUGCGCAUCCUGGGUUCAGUCACAGUACUAUGCUGCGUGGAUAAGCAGGGUGUACUGUCCUGGCCUAACCCUAGUCCGGAGACGGUCCUGUUUUUCAGCGGGCGUGUCGAGCCCCCCCACGACAGUCAGGAAGACCUCCGAGACGACCUCUCUGUUAACUCUUUGUGUCGUACGGAGGGAGAGGACGACAAAGAUGAGGCUCAGGAAGGUGAGGCUCUCCUCAGCGUCCAUGCCACCGAACCUCCCUUUCAUCUACUUAACGAGCAGGAGUCCGGUGAGGUGUCGCACGAUACGGCACGACCCUGUGACGUGCACCGCACACGCCGAGGUCCUCAGACCACGCGCUCCAAACACCCGUCAGGCUCCAACGUCAGCUUCAGUCACGACACUGAGGGCGGAGAGGAGUCGAGCGCUCAGCUCUGUGCUGUGGGUGAUGAUCUGUGUGAGGCGGAGGACUUUGUGUGUGAUUACCAUCUGGAGGUGCUGAGCUUGUCUCAGGACCAGCAGAACCCCGUCAGUAUUCAGUUUGACGACUCGGGCUGGCACGGCCACCUGUCCUCCCUGAAGCCGCUGGGACUGAACAUCAUGCUGAACCUGUGCAACGCUCCGGUCACUCAGCAGCUCUGCCGCUUCUCAGACCACCUGUCCAACCUGGCGCUGCAGGAGAGUCACGGUGCUGUGCUUCCCGUGCAGGUUCCCUGGGGCCUCUGCGAGCUCUCGCGCCUCAUAGGUUUCACUCCCGGAGCACGAGAGCUCUUUCACCAAGAGAAUCAUUUGGCGUUGUACCAGUGGCCUAAUGGAGAGAAGGCCAUCGAGCCGUGCACGCGCCGUGUUCACCAUAUCACCAAACGCCAGCCACCUAUUAGCCAUCUGAUCAGCCUGCUGGUGCGAGACAGCACGACCAACAAUGUGCAGAUGCUCUCCCACGGCUCGGCUGACCUCAUCCUAGAGGCCUGCACCGACUUCUGGGACGGCGCAGACAUCUACCCGCUCUCUGGCUCUGACAGGAAAAAGGUCCUGGAUUUCUACCAGCGUGCAUGUCUGUCGGGUUACUGUUCUGCAUUCGCAUAUAAGCCCAUGCAGGUUGCGCUGUCAAACCAGCUAAAUGGGAAGUGUGUGGAGCUCGCGCCUGGCCCGACACUCUUCUCUGGAGUGGAGCUGCCCAGCACCACACCCAUUAAACAUAGCGGCCGCCGCAACAGCUGGAGCUCAGAUGAGGGUAUAGGAGAGGGCGUGGAGAAGGAGGACUGUGUUCAGGCCCUGAGCGGGCAGAUUUUCAUGGGUAUGGUGUCGUCCCAGUUCCAGGCCCGCUUGGACACGGUGCGGCUCAUCGAGAACCUGGUGGGAGCCUGCAUCCGAUUUGUUUACUUCUCCAGGGAGGACGAGCUGCGCAGCAAGGUGUUUGCAGAGAAGAUGGGUUUGGAAACAGGCUGGAACUGUCACAUCUCUCUGACCCCUAAUGGAGAUGGCCAUGGUGAUGGAGCUCCCUCUAGCCCUAGCCAGGCAGGCUCUCUACAUGACGAUCUACUGCCAGAUUCCCGGGAUGAUGCCGAGGGCCCGUUACUUGCUGAGGAGGAAGGCCAGUCAGAUCUUGCCAGCUUCCAGGCUACAGAGAGCGACGUGCCCAGUUUCCUCGCUGACGGCAACCGAGCCAAGCUGCCUCGUGGCAUCCAUCAGGUCCGCCCUCACCUGAAGAAUAUCGACAACGUGCCACUGCUCGUGCCCCUUUUCACUGACUGCACGCCUGAAACCAUGUGUGAGAUGAUGAAGGUCAUGCAGGAGAACCGAGAGGUGACCUGCUGUUUAGGGAGCGCGGCUAACUUCCGGAACAGCUGCCUGUUCAUACAGAGUGACCUCAGCAUCUCUCUGGACCCGCUGUACCCAUCUCGAUGCUCGUGGGAGACGUUUGGCUAUGCGUCCGGUGGUGGUGUGAACGAGGAGACGGAGGAACUGACCCCGCUGCGGCUUAGCGCUCGUCUCAACAGCCUGAGCUGCUCGGUCUCCUUACACCAGGGCGAAAGCUUCAGUCUGGUCAAGCUUAUAGAGCAGGCCAGACACACCAUGUAUGGCAUUCGCAAGUGCUUCCUCUUCCUGCUGCAGUGCCAGCUUACGCUGGUCAUCAUUCAGUUCUUGGCUUGUCUUACUCAGCUUCCACCUCCACUAAACAUUACAGACAUUUUGUGGCUCUCCUGCUUCUGUUAUCCACUGCUAAGCGUGUCCUUACUGGGGAAGCCACCAGACAGCUCAGUGAUGACGGUCGCUACUGGGAAAAAUCUGGAUGACAUCCCUCGUAAGACCCAGCAGUAUUUCCUUGGUUGGUUUUUGCUCAAAUUCGCUCUGACAGUGUGUGUUUACUUGUUUGGAUUUGGACGGUCCCUGCAGGCAGUGUUGGAAAACCCUCCUAAUGACAUGAGGGUUAACUGUUCCCACAUCUUUACCACUUGCGCAUCUGAAAAGUGGUUUCAGGAGUUAUCUAAUAGUCUGCUGCUCGUCCAGAAAGUCAUGGCAGGCUUCCUGGCUCUGCAUACUGUGGUUAUAUCUCUCAGCUAUGUGCACCGCUCUCAGCCACUAUGGAGGAAGAAUCCUUUCAGCAACACAUGGUGGUGUCUCACUGUCCCUCUUGUGUUGUUGGGUCAGGUGGUGCAGGCAAUAAUAGAUUAUAAUUUAUGGCAAGACAAAAGUAAUAUUUCUAAUGAUGAGACAGGCCUGGAUUCAUUAAAACGUGUGCCCAUGGAGGUGUGGCUAAUUGUCUCGCUGUCCACUGUGCUGGUGGUGCUGAUCAACGAGGCUGUCAAAUUGCACGAGAUCAGGGUUCGUGUGCGUAACCAGAAGCGGCAGAAGCUCCAGUUUGAGACGAAGCUAGGAAUGAACUCUCCUUUCUGAGCUGCUGUAACACGAGUCUUUUUUGCUGUAACAUCCCUGUUCUUAUUGAUGAGCAGUGGAGUAAGAGGAGCUUUUUUUUUAUUUCUCAGUGCCUCAGUGUAACACUAACACAAAACCUCUUAUCCAGCAUCACUUCAAGCCACCAGAAUACCAACAAGGCAUCUAUUCUCCAUCACUUGUUCUCCAUGUGGAUGUCAAGUUUUCUUUACCUCUUUUGGUGUGAAGUUUGUGUAUGCAUGCUCCUUCAUGUUUGGAUAGGAGAAACGUAUAGUGGUAUAGAAAAGUGGUGUGUUUACUGCAAGGUAUCUUAAAAACUACAGGAUAAUUAUAGAUGGACAAUCUUCUUACCUGGUAAUGUAACUGUAUGUAAGACAGGAAGGUUAAAGAAAUAAAGGACUUUGAAUAAUUGUUUUUUAAGCAGAAGUUACAGGUAGCUGCAGAAAUCAGAAGGAACGUGAGGUGUUAUUUUGUAGUUCUUGGACAUUUCUUACACGGCUUUGUUUACUGUGAGUUGCCAUGCAUCACCAAAUACUGAGGAAUCUAGAUUUGAAUGUCAGUGUCUUUGUACAUCCUUCCGAAUACCUCAUGUGAAAUGCUUGCCACAGAGAUAGUUUUGCACUCACACCAUGGCUAAUGAGUUAAUAUUAAAGAAGGUGUGCCGAUCAAAAGACACUGUAAGAACGGAGCUGCUUUUAAAGAGAUGCUCGCACUUGAUAAUUGUCAGCCAAAAUAAGAGCAAAAAUUUUACUUACUGAUUGAUCCUCAGAUUAAAUGGAUCACUAUAUUAAUUAAAUCAGUUAACAUUUAACAUUCUGAAAUAGAACCAUUUAAUUUUCACAGAGAGUUGUCUUAUAUGGCAAUUUUAAGUCUUGCCAUAGCUUACACUGGUGUGAUUGAGUUUAUGGCUGUUCUACCUCUUGCUGAUGGCCUCAAUAAUAUUGUACAUCAUCAGUGGCUCAGUGGAAGAUCAAAUCUAAAGCUCUCAAGAGAGCAGCUGCUGGGCUUCUUGAACAAGGUUCUGAAUCCUCAAACGCUGGGUAAUCAAAUCUGCCAAAUGAAUAAUUGUAAGUAUUAAUGUAAAUCUUUUAAUCAGAAGAUGUGGUUUUCCUGAUCAACAUGUGACGAUCAAUAUGCUUUAUUUUAACAACCAGCAUUUCUCCUUCCUCAGAGGUUAUGUUUAAUGUGAGGCUGAGCAAAAUCUCACUGGGGCUUUAACGCAGUGUGGCCACUAAAACAUUGCUUCAGUUUGCCUGUUUCACUAUUUGCCUAUGUGUACUUCAAUUCUUUCUUGUACUACUUCUUUCUCUGAACUAAGCAUAGUAGGACCUCUUCACACUUUUUUUCCUAUGUAUUACGCUACCUUUACUAUAGAUAUAUUGUAAGUGCUCGUUCCUUAUAAUUCUACUCGACUCCAUCCUAUUAGUCUUAACCAAGCUUUACUUAAUAGAUCCUGCAUCUGAUUUAUUUAUUUAUUUAUUUAUUUCAUGGCAUACACAUCUGUAAAUUUUAUGGAUAGUGCAUUGUACUUAAGCUGCCCCCCCCCCCCCCCAAAUGCUGUAUUUGUGAAGCAAUCAUAUGUGCAGAAGAUCGAGACUUAUUGUUCACUCUACUCUUUUCAACUUAAGAUCUUUAAGUUUAUACACAGAAUGUAUUCCCACUGUUUGUCCCCCUGCUAUGUUUUCCACCUCAGGGCAGUUUGAAACGUUGGAAAGCUGUGUAUUAGAUCAUUAGAUCCUGUGAUUUCAAGCGGGGAUUAACUGAACGAGUUUGUGACUGCUGCUUUAGUGCUGGUAUAGAAAUGAUGGAAGGCGACAUGUUAGGGUAAUCAGAAAUGUUUUUUUUUAUUGCACUGAUCAAUCCUGUACAUUGUUAUAUGUUGUCAGCUUGUGUAAUAGAGCAUGAUUGCACAGCUUUUUUGUACAGUUAUAGAAUACUGCCUUUUUUAAGAAAAAAAUGUUAUUGAGUAUGUACAGUACAUUUAAUUUGUGCAUGAUAAAGACAUUCACGCAUGCAUUGGUUAAAAUUUUUUCAAGAAUGUUGGUUCUUGCAUGCGCUGUAGAUGGUGCUGGGGCUUCCAUCAUUCAUAUCAGCCUUAGCAAUCCCUUUGGAAACACGCCUAGUCUCUCUACUGUACAGAUAUUCAUACAAAUAAUGACAGAAUGAACAGAAUAACAAUAAAAACCUGUAAUGGUUGGUGCCAGUUACUUAUGAAAAAAAAUUGUGAAUGUUCAAAAAUUUAUAAAUGUACAUUUUCUAUUUUUAAGAUGUCAUUGAUUUAUUUUUUAUUUUUGCCAAUUGAUUUAUGAUCUUUUAAUAAAUACCUUCAU